AAUGAAGAAGGUUGUCCUGAAGGUUGUCUCUCAGUGCUCCGGUACUGCUGGAGUAACGCCUGUUUACCUAAAGGACAAUGUGCUUGCCGAGUUCUUCAAGCACUUCUGGGUCCGAAGGAUGGCUUUAGACAAGCGAAAUUACCGCCAAGUUGUUGAUACAACAGUAGAUCUGGCACAGAAGGCUGGUGUUGCCGAGAUCGUUGGCCGGAUUGUCAACAACAUGAAGGAUGAGAACGAAGCAUACCGCAAAAUGACCGUGGAGACGAUUGACAAGGUUGUUAGCACCCUCGGUGCACAUGAUGUGGAUCAGCGUCUUGAGGAACAGCUUAUCGACGGUAUCCUCGUUGCUUUCCAAGACCAGACUAUUGAAGAUCCAAUCGUUAUCGAUGGGUUUGCUACCAUCGUCAACGCUCUUGGGGAACGUACCAAGACAUACCUCCCGCAAAUUGUCGCUACGGUCCUCGCCCGGUUGAACAAUAAGUCAGCCACCGUUCGCCAGCAAGCUGCAGACUUGAUCUCGCGAAUCACCUUUGUCAUGCAGAAGUGCGACGAAGACCCUCAGUUGAUCAAGCUCGCUCAAGCAUUGUACGAAUACUUGGGCGAAGAGUACCCCGAGGUGCUUGGAUCUAUUCUUGGAGCUCUCCGAGCCAUCAUCACUGUUGUUGGUCUUGCAGCCAUGCAACCUCCGAUUAAAGAUCUCCUACCGCGACUGACGCCCAUCCUUCGCAACCGUCACGAAAAGGUGCAGGAGAACACGAUUGACCUUGUCGGUCGCAUCGCGGAUCGAGGCGCUGACUACGUAAACCCGCGAGAAUGGAUGCGUAUUUGCUUCGAACUUCUCGAUAUGCUCAAAGCGCACAAGAAGGGUAUACGGCGAGCGGCGAACAAUACAUUUGGUUACAUCGCCAAAGCCAUUGGUCCGCAAGAUGUGUUGGCAACGCUGCUCGGAAACCUUCGUGUACAGGAGCGUCAGUCGCGUGUCUGCACUGCCGUCGCCAUUGGCAUUGUCGCAGAAACUUGCGCUCCGUUCACUGUUCUUCCGGCACUGAUGAACGAAUACCGCGUUCCUGAGCUCAAUGUUCAGAACGGUGUCCUCAAAUCUCUUUCGUUCAUGUUUGAAUACAUUGGCGAAAUGGCGAAGGACUAUGUAUACGCCAUCACGCCACUGCUCGAGGACGCACUGAUCGACCGCGACCAAGUCCAUCGGCAAACAGCCGCGUCUGUAGUCAAGCACGUUGCUCUAGGCUGUGUUGGUCUUGACUGCGAGGAUGCCAUGCUGCAUCUGCUCAAUCUCCUUUGGCCGAACUUAUUUGAGACCAGUCCACACGUUAUCGACCGGAUUGUCGAAGCUAUUGAAGGGAUCCGCAAUGCCAUUGGAACCCCACUUGUUAUGAACUAUGUUUGGGCGGGACUCUUCCACCCGGCCCGGAAAGUACGACAGCCGUAUUGGCGCAUCUACAACGAUGCGUACGUGCAAUCGGCGGAUGCUAUGGUGCCUGCCUAUCCUCAGUUCGAGGAUGAGAAGCUGAAGAGGCACGAGUUGGAGAUUUUCAUAUAAGAUGUGUAAGACACCCAUGGCAGAGGAGGAAAUUUGCUCGGUUACGCUACUGGCAAGCUAACAUGUCUGGCUCGCCACGGCCGGUCGAUACUGUGUAUGUAUAUGACUUUUGCAUGGUGUGGAGUUAGUGGUUUGGGGAAAGUCAGCAUUGGAGUUCAGGUUUACAUGGCAACGUCUGACCGGGGGAUUGAUUGGGCGAAUAAUUAGCACACGGAAUGGUAAAAUGUUAAGCGCACACAGUGGUUCACCGCUAAUGACCUUCAGGCUGUGAGAAUCCAACACAAGGUGCGUCCGUGCCCGAGCACCUGUCUUGAAGUUUGGGUGAGAUGAGGAUGUCGGAUUGCAACACAUCCGUGGCAGGACUCUAAAGGUAAGGAAGCAGCACCGCAGCCAAAUAUGUCUCAUGCGACAUGUUGCCCAUAGCCCCCAUCCCUUUUCCGCCUCGUACUCGGCCCCCUUUGCACAGUGAUCAAGUCC